GGAACAUCUACGUGAUUGUCUUUGAAGAUACAACCAGGGAUCAACACACAAUAUCAUUUGAGUUGUUACAAACAAAAUACAAACUAUCGACAUAGACAACUUUGAGGGUUUUUGGAUCGCCAUUCGGACAUUUCAAGAAUAUUAGGAACAAUAGGAACUCGAUUGCUAAUAGAAAUGAAUGCAGAAGUACAAAUAGAUUUCUAGAUAAUUUAGGGAAAUCGUAGUAAACAAACAUUAAACAGCUUUUAUCAAGGAGUUUACUUCUUGGAGGAUUUUGAGGAAACGACCACGUAGUCCAGUUGUAACGCAACGUAACGUAACGUGGCGUUCAACAAAAUGGCUUUUCAAAACGUCAACAUCAAAGUUCCGACACCGAUUCUCGCCCAGCAGAUGCAGCAAAGUGCAGACGUUUACAGCGCACUCACAAGGGGCGUUCCACCCGGCGCUUUCUCAUCUUCGCUCGGGGGACAAUUAUUGAUGCCGUAUAUGAGUCGCUCGGUACCUGGGUUGCCGUACCCAGGUGUAGCACCAACUGCUUUAUCAACGAUGCAUCCCUAUCUACCACAGCACCUCGCUAUGCUUUAUAAGUACCAUCCACGACUACAGUUUGUUCACGAGGAACCAAAACCGCAACAGAGUUACAUCGGGUUGAUCUCCCUAGCAAUUCUCAGUUCUCCAGAUAAAAAACUCGUUCUAAGUGACAUCUACCAAUGGCUAUUAGACAAUUAUUCUUAUUUCCGUCAAAGGGGACCGGGCUGGAGAAACAGCAUCAGGCACAAUCUAUCAUUGAAUGAUUGUUUUAUCAAGGCCGGUAGAAGCGCCAACGGAAAGGGACAUUAUUGGGCAAUACAUCCCGCUAAUGUCGAUGACUUUCAGAAGGGUGACUUUCGAAGAAGACGCGCACAGAGAAAAGUAAGACGAGCUAUGGGUUUGAGUGUACCAGAUGAAGAGGACGAUAGUCCCAGUCCUCCUCCCGUAACUAGCCAACCGACUUGGCAGCAGUCACCUGAACACCCAGGCUGCGUACCUACGCACAAUCCAAUGCCGAAAGAAAUACCAAGUUCCCCAAUCGCUUGUGACAUUGAUAUCUCCGAAACUAAACAGAACGAAUUAGAUAAUCAUGGUACACAACGUGAUGUGAUUCCUGACAAGCACGACCAUAUCCCCCAUCAAUCAUUUGGAAAGAAGAAUUCCCCUGUAAUGAAUGACGUUAUUGUUCCUGCUCCAACAUCUGGAAAGAUCAAACGAGCAUUCGAUAUUGAUAAUCUCCUAGCGACGAAGACACAAAAUAAAAGACCAAAAGUUGAAUGCGUCCCAAAUACUAGUAACGAAUUUACGCAGUCAACGUCAACAACGACUGUUACACAACGGGACCCUAAACACUCUUAUCCGAAUCUACAAUUUCUACAAUCUCAACAUUAUGAACUUUUACAAUCGCAAGCAUCAUCAUAUUUAGCAACGUCGUGCUCAUCUCAUCCACUUCUCAAUCCUUUGAGCCAAUUGUCUGUCGUCGCAGAAAGUCAGACAGCAAAUCCUGUGGAAAGUGACCACGAAGACAACGAGGAGGUGUUUUGCGACACCCCGGUGUCGCCUACAAUGAACUAAAUAUAUACAUACCUAUAUCUAGUGAAAUUAAAUGACUGUUUGAAAGUAAUUCUUAUAAAGUAUCGUCGACAUACCUGUAGGUCUCAGUAUUCAGUUAUACGUAUAAUUACAACCAUCCGAUCGUUGAUCUUCAUUGUAAAAGUCUGUUCAAUUUGCACAUUUAUACAAAAGAAAGAAAUACUUAUCCUCCCGUGAAACUGCUAAUAUCGCUCUUAAUCUUUUAAUUUAAAGCUUCAAAAGAAGAGUUUACGGCAAAUCACUUCGUUAAGAGCCCAUAUAUUUCAAUAUAAUAGAUUAUAGCAUAGCAAGGCACUACACUAAAAUUAUCAGUUUAACGGGAGUAAUCAUUUCAAUGUGUUCAAAUUAUUUUUAUGUGUCUCAAUAUUCUUUGUAUGUAUGCGAACAAAAAAGUCGAUCCAUGUUAAAUUCAAGAACCCAGCUAUAAUGGCUAAUGAGUUAGAUUUUUGCCUUCAUCUAAAACAUUUUAAUGAAACCCCCAAGGACAAUAUUAACUAUGUUUCGGGAAAUGAGUAUAGAAGUUCGUUUAAAAUUCGUUACUUUAAUUUCAGCCUACAUCGAUUUGUAAAUGAAACAAUUUUGCCUGUGAUGCAAUUUGGAAAAAACGAUAAAUGUUCAAUUA